CACACACACAGUGCCUUCAGAAAGUAUUCAGACACAUGGACUUUUUCCACAUUUUGAUAGGUUACAGCCUUAUUCUAAAAUUGGUUUUCCCUCAUCAAUCUACACACAAUACCUCAUAAUGACAAAACAAAAGGCAAGUUUUUAGAAAUAUGACAUUUACAUAAACGUUCAGACCCUUUACUCAGUACUUUGUUGAAGCACCUUUAGCAGCAAUUCCAGCCUUGAGUCUUCUUGGGUAUGAUGUUACGAACUUGGCACACCUGUAUUUGGGGAGUUUCUCCAAAUCUUCUCUGCAGAUCUUCUCAAGCUCUGUCAGGUUGGAUGGGGAGCGUUGAAGCACAGCUAUUUUCAGGUCUUUCCAGAGAUGUUUGAGCGUGUUACAGUCUGGGCUCUGGCUGGGCCACUCAAGGUCAUUGAGACUUGUCCCGAAGCCACUCCUGCGUUGUCUUGGCUGUGUGCUUAUGGUUGUUGUCCUGUUGGAAGGUGAACCUUCAUUUUGCUCUUGAAACAUUUAAUUGAAACACUGUUGAAUUCCAUUCAUUUCUAUGGAGGACUGCUACUACUGGGGAGUGCCAAUAUGGCCCCUUAAAUGCCAAUAUAUAGCACAGCAAUCAGGGUUUAUAUGCAUCAUUGGAUGGAACCCUCAAGGUUAUUUGCCUUCACUGGGUAGGUAGUCCUAUCUAUCCUAUCAAUCCUAUCCUAUCAAAUAUAUCUAUCCUUCCUUUUUAAGUAAAGGAUUAUUUAAUCUCGUCCAAAGAACCAAAACGUUAUGUAUAGAUCCCCAAAUAACAUAUUUUUUUCUAAGCGCAUAAGCUCUACAGUUGCUACAUUGUAGGCAGUGGUGUAGUGGUACGGGUCAUCAAAAGUUGGCUUCAAUAGGCUCUUCACCAGGGUAAGUUUUUACAAUCUGAAAUCAAUAAAGUCAAAAACCAUGUUACACUGUGAUAUGAUUUUAAAGAAACGGCCUUGACAGGACAGAAAGGGUGGGACAUGUACUAUUAUUUAUGGUUGAGUGUUUAUUUGUCGACGCUUCCAAAAAACACUGGGUUACGUCAUGUAUUGGAACUUUGCUCCAAUCAGGACUCGCUCUGAACUAACGUCUAUGGCUUUGAAGCGGGAGGGCUCAGCGUCAACGCUACCAACAAUGGCCGAGAUUCAAAAACACCGGCAGAGCGACAUCCACCAGCAAGCGGCCAACAGCCACCUGCAACAGACCCAUGCUAGGGCUACAUGAGAGAAGUUACUAUUGUGGUUUAGUAUUGGACAGUCUAUGGGUUGAUUAUGUUAGCUAAGCAGAGAACCCUAUAUUGACAAAAGGAGUGUCAGCAGCAAGACUAGGCGCUCUUGGAAUAAAAGAAAAAGAGGCGCCCAAAUCUGUUCCUUCGGUGGACGGGUCCCCUCUCUGCGCUUUGAGCGCCACUCUCGCGGAGCUAUCGCAACAAUGGACUCAGGUCUCCACGGGGAGCUCACUCUGUGUGCCACAUCUCAGUGGGUCAGUGGUAGAUAUGCCUCGUAACGUGUGUUCUUUCCCAUGUUAACAUCGUUCUCUGGUAGUGUUUCCUUCACUCGCGUUUGGUAGGUCCAGAGGAAUAGGACUGAAGAUGCCUGGACGGAACAGGUACAAUCUGGUGGACGAUGUCGCGGAUUCGCGGGUCCCCCUCCACAACGAAGAAGCGUACCAACACGGGAUACAUUUUCAAGCUAAGUAUGUGGGCAGUCUGGAUGUUCCCAGGCCCAACAGUCGUAUGGAGAUCGUAGCAGCCAUGAGGAGGAUCAGGUAUGAGUUCAAGGCCAAGAACAUCAAGAAGAAAAAAGUGAGCAUCAUCGUGUCUGUGGACGGAGUCAAGGUAGUCCUCCGGAAGAAACAGAAGAGGAAAGAGUGGACCUGGGACGAGAGCAAGAUGCUGAUCAUGUCUGACCCCAUAUACAGGAUUUUCUACGUGUCCCAUGACUCCCAGGACCUGAAGAUCUUCAGCUACAUCGCCAGAGAUGGCUCCAACAACUCCUUCAGGUGUAACGUCUUCAAAUCCAAGAAGAAGACCCAGGCCAUGCGUAUAGUGCGUACGGUGGGCCAGGCGUUUGAGGUGUGUCAUAAGCUUAGUCUGCAGCACGCCCAUCAGGGUAUAGAUGGACAGGCAGACGGAGAGAGUGACAAGUCCACAGAGGACAGCCCCGCUGAGGGUCAUCAGUUGACAGGGGCGGAGGAGGAGGAGGGGUGUGGAGAGGAAGGGGAGCCCCAGGCACAGUCCCAGUCUGUGUGUGAGCAGGCGGUCAACGAGAUCCUCCAGAGUUUGGCCCAACUUAACGUGAUCCAGCCUGGACACACCAUCAUGGACUAUGAGAGCCGCUCCAGCUACAUGGUGUCUCCGAAUGGCGUGGUUUCUCCCAGCAGCUCCUGCUCUCCGCUUCUGACCCCGCUGGUGGCGCAUCACUACCUCCAGCUCCUCCAACAGCAGAUCCAGCAGCAGCAGCAACACACACAGGUGGCCGUCGCACAGGUGCAGCUCCUGAAGGAUCAGAUGUCAGUGGAGACCGCAGCUCGUGUAGAGGCUCAGGCUCGUGUCCACCAGCUGCUACUACAGAACAGAGACCUGCUCCAGCACCUGUCCCUGCUGGUCACACAGCUCAAACACCUGGAGAGCAAGGCACCGGGACCGGGGGAGAGACACACAGCUGGACUGGGACCGGGGGAGAGACAGGGUCACAAUGAUCAGGAGUCGUCAUGGACGACCAGGUCUCUGUCACUCAACCUGAAAAACCAUUACAGCUUGAGCAGCAUGGACCAGCCCAUCACCUCCACCCCUGCAGGGCCACUCCAAAAAAAAAACCUCACCGCUUCCCAGGUGGAUGGUGCCGAGUCCUACCUCAACCUCCUCAACCUGGAGAAUGGGACCAAACCACUGGGCUCUCAAAACGGGGGGGAGAAGGAGACAGACACACUCAUCAGAAGAACAUCCAAUGGGAAGCCAGGGCGGAAAGACAGCUCGGAAGUGUCGUCAAAUGAGAUUGUGCGGUUCGAAACAAGGAAUUUGACAGCCCUGGAUGAAAGGUUUAAACAGAUCAUCCCUAAAUUGGACCCGCCUCCCCCGUCCUUCAACCGUAAGCGAGCCAGCCGAACUGUCUCUCCGGGGUUGGAGUUCAACCCGCUGACCAUGCCCCUGACCACACAAGUAGAUGGGAAUGGUGGCGUUCCGAGCCGGAGCGAGAGCCUGUCCUUCCCAGACAUCACGCCCUGCUCCCUCUCUUCCGGACUCUCAGGAGACUUCCACCAGCUCAGCAACGGAGGCGGCGAGAGCGGCUCGUGCGGCUCAGCUAGCGAGGAUUCCGGCGUCCGCUCCGAGACUAAAUCGCAUCUCUCACCUCUCCACGACGAAGAGGACCCGUUUGGGGACAGGGGGGCGUUCCUGACUGCCUCUAGCGGCUGUGGCAGCCCCCUAGAAGACAUGAAGGGGGAAACUGCGCCCCUGUCAUGCGUCACCACCACCCCAGGCACACACGUGGACAGCUACGAGCACACGCUCCCCUUCUCCUCCCCCAUCAAUGACACCUGUCUGCACAUCAGCUUCUCAGAGGAUGAGUUGCUGGACAGCAGCCCUGAGGACUCCACUGUCCCACAACGGAGCUAGGAAGAGGGGCUGGGAGAGCUACUACAGGCCGUGACUUCAUUAGAGGCCUCUGGGGCUGGGGGCUCCUAGCUGACUGACACUGAUGCUGCAACAGACACCACACAAUAAAAUGACUGACACAGACUGUUAUCAGAGCUUCUAACGCACUCUGAAAUGCAAUAGUGUUUUGUAGGCCUCAUUCAGUCCAUAUUCCUAAAAUGUUGAGUGAGCUGGAUUUCAAGACUAGUUUUUCUGUCCUUUCACAACACACAGCUGGACAGAAUUGUGCAUGACCUGAACAUAUUUCAACACAUUCACAGAAAAGGAACAUAAAAUGAUCUAUUAUUCUAUAAAUUAUUGCCAUAUGGACAGAUCCUAGUAUUUUUAUAGAGAAUAAUGAUUUUAUUUGUUAUUAGUAAAUAAGUAGAGAAUUGAGAAUAAUCAUGUAGCAGAAGUCUUUCACUGUUAAUGUAGCCUAUAGUGUCAGUGACAAGUUAGUAGUCAAGAUGCUUUAAAUGUAUUUCAUUACAUACUCUCAACUCAUUUACAGGGUGUUCAACACCAAGCGUUACGGAAGUCAAAGUGACAUACUGUAGGAAUGUUGUGGGAACGUUGUGGGAACGUUGGAUGUGAAGUGCUGUGUCGUUGAGAACAGCUGCCCUCUCUCAGACAUCAGACUAUGAAGACUUAUGAAGAGUUAUGAAGACUUAUGAAGACUUAUGAAGAGUUAUGAAGAAAGGAACAGGGAAGUGAUAGAAAAGGAACAGCGAAUGGAAGAGAAGUGGUGAUGGAACUGUGUUUGUGUGUUUGGUCACUCACACUCAUACUCACAGUGUGGUAGUUUGAUGAUGUGUUUGGUCACUCAUACUCACAGUGUGGUAGUUUGAUGAUGUGUUUGGUCACUCAUACUCACAGUGUGGUAGUUUGAUGAUGUGUUUGGUCACUCACACUCAUACUCACAGUGUGGUAGUUUGAUGAUGUGUUUGGUCACUCACACUCAUACUCACAGUGUGGUAGUUUGAUGAUGUGUUUGGUCACUCACACUCAUACUCACAGUGUGGUAGUUUGAUGAUGUGUUUGGUCACUCACACUCAUACUCAAUGUUGGUUUUAGGGCUAGAAGAGGCAACGUGAUUGGCUGAAUGUUGGUUUUAGGGCUAGAAGAGGCAACGUGAUUGGCUGAAUGUUGGUUUUAGGGCUAGAAGAGGCAACGUGAUUGGCUGAAUGUUGUUUUUAGGGCUAGAAGAGCCAACGUGAUUGGCUGAAUGUUGGUUUUAGGGCUAGAAGAGGCAACGUGAUUGGCUGAAAGUUUGGUUUUAGGGCUAGAAGAGCCUUCGUGAUUGGCUGAAUGUUGGUUUUAGGGCUAGAAGAGCCUUCGUGAUUGGCUGAAUGUUGGUUUUAGGGCUAGAAGAGCCUUCGUGAUUGGCUGAAUGUUGGUUUUAGGGCUAGAAGAGCCUUCGUGAUUGGCUGAAUGUUGGUUUUAGGGCUAGAAGAGCCUUCGUGAUUGGCUGAAUGUUGGUUUUAGGGCUAGAAGAGCCUUCGUGAUUGGCUGAAUGUUGGUUUUAGGGCUAGUAAACAGCUCUGAUCUGAAAAGCUGGCAAAUGGCCUGAUCAGCAGUGAAACCUAACAUAUGGUUCCAAGUGGAAUGGUGUUAUUAGAUGAAUGGUGAGGCAUGAAAGGUUUAAUAGCCCCUCUUAAUGGCAAAAGGUUUUCAGGGAUUUUUAGCUUUGAUCAGAAGACCUACAGAGUGGAACGAUAAUUGGGAAUCAGCGAGAGGCCUCAGGAGAAAAGACAAACUCACUGAUGAAUUAGAUCUCUCUCUCUCUAUUUCACUUUCUCUAUUUAUCUAUCUAUCUCUCUGAAGUUCUGAAUGACAGGGUAUUUUUGCUAAGCCUGAGAGUUUGGGUCUCAGUUUAAAUGAAGGAGAUAGUGACAUUGCUGCUGAGUGUUUGUUCAUUUGGGGAAUGGGAGGAAGCGAGAGAUAGGAAAAAGUGUCAUAACAGGUUAAUAACAGGGUUAGUUCAGUAAUUGUCUGUAAACAUGGUCUCAUGGUGAGAAACAUGGCGAUUGUCUCAUCUCCAUACUUACACAGGCUUUCUGUAUGACAACUACAACAAUAACAGAUAUAUUUAUAUGCAUGACUAGUCUAGGGCUUUAUUUCUGGUCAGGUCACAUGGUCAAGAACAACUCCUGGCCUUAUGAGAGUGAGAUAAUGAUAUUGAGUUAAACUGACGACUUAAAAUGAAUUGAACAAUAGUACCUACUCUAAAUGUAGGCUUAUUCUGGAUGGCAGGUUGAGGUGAUGACGAGGUGGUUGAGGAGAGAUAUGAUUGGACGGCAGUACAGGUGUCGACUGGUGAUUGGCAAGAAGGAAUCGGAGGAGCUGAAGAGGCUUUUCUUUCCAACACUUUGAAGGAGAGAAAAACACAGCAAUAAUAAAGGAAUGAAUGAAUAAAAGACGAGUU